AUGUCACCUCCAGACAAAAAUCUUGUGCUUUCUGUCAACUCUGGCUCUUCUUCUCUCAAGAUAUCUCUUUAUGCUGUAUCAUCUCGUCAAAACCAGUAUCCCGACCACAGUUCCUCGGAGGCUGUUACUCUGAUCCUGACCUCUUCAAUAUCUUCGAUUUCUGCACCUCCAGCCAAGUUCUCUUUCCAGCCCAUUGAAUCCUCUGAUGAUCAGCGCUGCAAGGAUGAGAUUGUUAACUCAAUAACUGACCAUGCUUCUGCAUUUUCGCAUUUUCUGGAGGUUCUUCGGUCAAAAGCGUCUAUACAUGGAAAACAAAUCAUGUACAUCUGCCACCGUGUAGUCCAUGGAGGCGACUAUACUGAACCUGUAGAAAUCACGCAAGAGGCCUAUCACCAUAUAGAGAAACUCUCAGAUCUAGCCCCACUACACAAUGGCGCAGCACUGUCCGUGAUUAAGGCCUGCAUUGAUGUUCUUCCGGACGCAAAAUCCAUUGCAUACUUUGACACUGCAUUCCACCGCUCUAUACCCAUACAUAUAUCCAGCUAUGCUAUCGAUCCAGAACUUGCCAAGAAACGUGGGCUAAAGAAAUAUGGCUUCCACGGAUUAAGCUAUGCUUUUAUACUACGCACCGUCUCAAAAUAUCUUUCCAAGCCAACUGAGGAACUUAAUCUCAUAGUUCUACACCUCGGUUCUGGAGCGUCGGCCUGUGUUAUCAAGAAUGGCAAAUCUCUGGACACAUCUAUGGGCCUAACGCCACUUAAUGGCCUUCCAGGUGCUACACGUUCCGGGUCCAUAGACCCAAGUCUGAUAUUCCACUAUACCAACAAGGCGGGACGAAUAACGCAUGACCCGAACAUGGCUAUACACAUAGGAGUCACAAAGGCUGAGGAUAUCCUGAAUCGAAAAUCGGGAUGGAAAGCUAUAACAGGAACCACAGACUUUGGCGUUAUCACCUCCAAGGCAGACUUGGAAAACCAUGACCCAGAUGUUUCCCUUCGCAAUCCCUAUCGACUCGCUUAUGAUAUUUUCCUUGAUCGAAUUCUACAUUUUGUAGGUUCUUAUCACCUGAAGUUGGGAGGAGAAGUAGACGCUAUCGUUUUUGCUGGAGGAAUAGGGGAAAAAAGCGUCCAGUUGCGCAGUAUGGUUGGAGAGAGACUGCAAUGUUUGGGAUACCCCCAGAUAGACGCCGAGAGGAACGAGAGCGUGGGCAAAGUGGAUGAGGUCGUUGUGGAAAUCUCUGUCGACAAAGGCCAAACGAGUAAUCGACAGAAACACAUCUUGGUUUGCCAUACGGAUGAACAGCUUGAAAUGGCAAGGGAAUGUGCUCUCGACCCACGCUUCUGGGACGAAUCUUGA